AUGCAGGAGAAUUAUGAGACUGUGACCUCGCUGGGUUUUCCCAUUCCCAAACCGGAUGUGAUCUCUCAGCUGGAACGGGGGGAAGAGCCGUGGGUUCUGGAUCUCCAGGGCUCUAAGGAAAGAGAGAUCCUGAAAAACAUCCACACAGGAGGUGAUGGGACGGUGACUGAGAAGGAGGCGGAGAAUUCUCAGCGGGAAGGUCUCGAGGAAGUGGAACUGCAUGGGAUGCGAUCAGGAAGAGCUGAAGGGAACAGUCCCUGCUCAGGACUCCAGGAAGCAACCUGCAAGAGUCAGCUCAGGCCAGAGAGGCAGCUGGGAAACCACCGAGGGAAGACACAGGGUAAAUCCACUCACCGUGGAGGAGUUUUGAAAGACCUUCCCAAAGACACGAUCCAGCCAGGAAUCUGCACUAAAGAAAAAACAUAUGAUUGUGCUGAGUGUGGGAAAAGCUUCAGUUGGAGAUCACAUCUUAUUGUACACCAGAGAAACCACACGGGGGAGAAACCCUAUAACUGCCCCGAGUGCGGGAAAAGCUUCAGUCGGAGCUCUACCCUGAUUAUACAUCAGAGAGUCCACACGGGAGAAAAACCCUACGAGUGUCAUGACUGUGGGAAGAGCUUCAAGCGCAGCUCAGAACUUCUGUCACAUCGACGAACCCACACGAGAGAGAAACCCCAUAACUGUCCCGACUGUGGGAAAACCUUCAGUGAUGGCUCAAACCUCAUUAAGCAUCAGAGAAUCCACAUGGGACAGAAACUCUAUAACUGCCCUGAGUGCGGGAAGAGCUUCAGUCGGCGCUCACACGUUAUCACUCAUCAGAGAAUCCACACGGGAGAGCGGCCCUUCUACUGCCCUGAGUGCGGGAAGGGGUUCAGUCGGAAGGCUCAUGUCAUUACACACCAGAAAACCCACACUGGAGAGAGACCCUUUAGAUGUCCUGAGUGCGGGAAAAGCUUCAUUCGGAGCUCAGACCUCACUAUACAUAAAAGAAUCCACACAGGAGAGACACCCUAUAAAUGUUCCGUCUGUGGGAAAAGUUUCAAGCAGAGCUCAGAACUUAUUUCACAUCAGAGAAUCCACACAGGAGAGAGACCUUAUAACUGCCCCGACUGCAAGAAAAGCUUCAGUAAUAGCUCUGACCUUAUUGUGCAUCGGAGAAUCCACACAGGAGAGAAGCCCUAUAAAUGCUCCGAUUGCGGGAAAAGCUUCAGUCACAGCUCGGCCUUUAUUAGACACAGGAGAAUCCACACUGGCCUGAGGCCCUAUAACUGCCCCGAGUGCAGGAAAAGUUUUGCUCAGAAAUGGCACCUUAUUAGACACCAGAGAAUGCACAAUGGAGAGACACCCUAUAAAUGUUCUGUCUGUGGGAAAAGCUACAAGGCAAAGGUCUCCCUCAUGUCCCACCAGAAACUCCACACAGGAUAGAAGGCAGUGGGAGCUCUCCCUGUGGGGCAAUGGGUCUGUGCUCCCUUGAAGCAAAGUGUAAACCUGCUGCAAUUGAGGAUGGGCGGAGUGCGGGCAGCAGGCAGGUGGAUGGUUUGGAUUUCAGUGAGGACGGCUGGUGGGGCCAGAGGAGGGGGAAAUGCUGGGUAUUGGGGAGAUGAGUCAUUUCAGGGUCUAGGGGGAGCAGGCGAUGGAAUUAGUGGGGAGACAUUUGUGCAAGUUCCAAUUUAGCAGGGAGGUAAAAAUUUCCCGUUGCCAUCCAGUCAUCCUUGCAGCUCCUAAGGCCUUGAGGACAGAUGCGCGGGGAUGUUCUGUAGGGCAGCACCAAGUAGCCGUAUGGGGCUGUAGUUAUAAGGCAGCCGAGAGCUACUGCUCUGAAGUAACAGGAUUUGAGAGCAAGUCUCGGUGUAUUGAACGUCCCUGUAGACAUGGGGAAGGAGGGGAGAGAGAUGCACUGGACAUUGGGGAAUCCAGGGGGGAGAUUCCCCAGAGAGGUUUGAUUGCCCUGUGAGAGCCGGGGACUUGGGACGUAGCACUCCUGGGUUUGGCUCCUGGCUCUGAGAAGAGAGUGUGGUCAGGUGGCUAGAGCAGGGCGAAGGAAGUGGAAGUUAGGACUUCUCAGUUCAGUAGCCAACUCUCUUUGUGUGACCCCAUACCAGUCACUUCCCCUCUCUGUGGUGCCGUUCCUCCCGUCUCUGCCCCCCUGGGGAUAGUAAUAGUCGCCCACUUCCCUGGAGAGUUGUGUGAUGUCACUAAUCACUGUGUGUUCAUCGAGUCUAAGGCCAGAAGGGACCAUUGUGUUCCCCUAGCCUGACCUCCUGCAUAGCGCAGGCCAUAGG